GUUCUGGCUCGCCGUGGCGGUGUGAAGCGUAUCUCUGGUCUGAUCUACGAAGAGACUCGCGGCGUACUCAAAGUGUUCCUGGAGAAUGGCAUCACCAAGCCGGCUAUCCGCCGUCUGGCUCGCCGUGGCGGUGUGAAGCGUAUCUCUGGCCUGAUCUACGAAGAGACUCGCGGCGUUCUCAAAGUGUUCCUGGAGAACGUGAUCAGGGACGCCGUCACCUACACCGAGCACGCCAAGAGGAAGACCGUCACCGCCAUGGACGUGGUUUACGCCCUGAAGCGUCAGGGACGAACCCUGUACGGCUUCGGAGGUUAAACGCUCGACUCGAACAACCAGAAACCUAACGGCUCUUUUAAGAGCCCCCCACACUCCCACCAGAAGAGCUGCUCCUUAUGACCCGUUCAGUAGAAAUGGGAAUUUCAGUUUGGUCCAUUUAAAUUCAACGUUGGGAGGAAAUUAGUAGUGAUCUUACUUUAAUACCAGAACAACAGAGGAAGAGGAACAUUGUAUAUGUUGUGUGUGGUGAGCUACUGUAGGUUUCAGAAAACGCUGUUGGAGUUGUUUAGUUAGUAAAGCCGUUAUUGUUCAUCGUCACAGCUUCACGAUUUCUACCUUUUACAGCUGAAACGGUCAAACGCAGCGCGGUUCUCCACCAGAACCCGGUACAUCCGUUCAAUUUCCUUUGAAAUGAACUCAAAUGUGUUACUUGGAUCUCAUUAACUCUGUAAUACAGAAUGACUUGAAC